UAUGUCUCCUAAAGUGCUCCUCCAGUGGGUUUGGACGUUGCUUCCUUCGUUAAUAUCUGCCUACCAAGCUCCCGAAGACAAGGAGGACAUUUUUACCACCAGACCUUGUCCGGCGUUCCUGGUCUUCGACACGGCUGCCUACCUGGCCGACAUGACUAUAGAGCUGCCCUGUCACUGCAAACCAGCUGAUGUUCUCUCAGUGGUCUGGUACUAUCAGAAACAUCUGGGAACGAAGGACGCCAAAGUUCUCAGUGACUUUUCCGGAAACUCUGUCGUGGACUCGUCCAAAGUGGGGAGGAACGUGGACCUGCGUGAACGCUUUUCAAUACGUUUAUUCAGCCUGGUCGUCUUCAGGGUUCAGCUCAGUGACUCGGGGCAUUAUAUAUGCGGGUCAGAAUCGGGUGAGUACUUUUAUGGAUAUAACUUGGACGUUCAGACCGUCCGGCACUUCCGGUAUGAGGAUCUUAAUCAGACAUUCGAAGACCGAGCUUCUGAUCUCGAAGCUAAUAGAAAUGAGCCCUUCUGGGUGUUCACCAACUUCUGGCCUUGGUCCGUGUGCGAUAGGUGCGGCACCCCUGGCGAACAGAUACGAAUCGGACUGUGCUAUGUCAUGAGCCAGCACCUACAGGUACGCUACCUUCGCCGGGUCAGUAACAUCUCCUCUUGUGGUUCCUCCUCCGUUCCUCAGAGAUUCGGGCUAAGUGGCGGCGCCUACGGUGCAGAGCUCAGCAUCAGAACUUGCAAAAUCGCUUGUCCUCCUCAAACUACGAAUCCGCAGCAUCAAGCUCUGCUGGAGUUCCUCAGUCACAGUGAUCCGUCUUCUUCAGGGAUAUCGAUCUACUACCACAACCACCCGACAGACACAGAUCUGGUCCUGUCAUGUCCAGGAACAAGACCCGAACAGGCAGUAUCCUGGGAUAAAGACUCAACACCGCUGUAUCGUUCCCACUACAUGCAAGGAUUGAAUCAAAACUCGCGCAUCUUUAUAGAUGCAGGUCAUCACCUCCACUUCAGGCCUGUAAGGUUAGAAGAUAAAGGUGUGUACUACUGCUGGAUCCAAGGCAAAAAGGCGGCAGAAAUCAGACUCGGGGUUUAUUCCCGACUUGGACGGCAGCGCAGAAUCACUGACCCUGAAUCAAUAUUUGCCAUGACGGUGAUUCUUCUGUGCUACGUCGUCCUCACUGUGGUGUUUCUACUCAUCAUAGCAAUCAAAUGCAUCUGGCUUUACAGAAAAGAAGGUCGAGCUGCAUACUGAUCUGUCUAAACACUGAAAUAUGAUUUAUUUAAUAAAUAAAAGUAUUUCCUUCUUUUGGA